AGGCGCUGGCGGGCGGGGGUGCGCCGGAGAGUACCCUGGCUUGUAGCUUAGUUCAGUGAAUCAGAACAAUGACUGCGCCGCCGGGUCCCCAAGAGCGCGUCGGAGGACUGUGAGCAGCCGCCGCCGGGAGAGCGGCGGGCGGCGCACCCUCAGCGGAGCGGUGUCACCGCCGGGCUCGGGAGCCUCCAGCGCAGACCUUGCCUAGCGCUCACAGCCCGAGCGGAGCCGCGGACUUCGGCGUUGCAGCCGCUACUCGGGAGCUGUGCAUUGUUGUGAGACAGAGAAGGCGCGGGGAUUACAAAGCCGGAAGACCCCGGACCCCCCCUUUAGCCAUGUGGAUACCUACGGAGCACGAGAAAUACGGCGUGGUUAUUGCCAGCUUUCGAGGAACGGUACCAUAUGGCCUGUCAUUGGAAAUUGGAGAUACAGUUCAGAUCCUGGAGAAGUGUGAUGGCUGGUACAGAGGAUUUGCUUUAAAAAACCCAAAUGUCAAGGGUAUCUUUCCUUCCAGCUACGUUCAUUUGAAAAAUGCCUGUGUGAAGAACAAAGGGCAAUUUGAAAUGGUUAUUCCCACUGAAGACUCUGUUAUAACAGAAAUGACAUCGACAUUAAGAGACUGGGGAACCAUGUGGAAACAGCUCUAUGUGAGAAAUGAAGGCGAUCUCUUCCACCGGCUGUGGCACAUCAUGAAUGAAAUCCUGGAUCUGCGGCGGCAGGUGCUGGUGGGCCAUCUGACCCAUGACCGGAUGAAGGAUGUGAAGCGCCACAUUACUGCCCGCCUGGACUGGGGCAAUGAACAACUGGGACUGGACCUGGUGCCUAGGAAGGAGUAUUCGAUGGUGGAUCCAGAGGACAUCAGCAUUACAGAGCUCUACCGACUGAUGGAGCACCGACAUCGGAAGAAAGAUACUCCAGUACAGGCCAGCAAUCACCACCUCUUUGUGCAAAUGAAGAGCCUCAUGUGUUCUAACCUGGGAGAGGAGCUUGAGGUCAUCUUCUCUCUGUUUGACAGUAAAGAGAAUCGGCCAAUCAGUGAGAGAUUUUUCUUGAGGCUGAAUAGAAAUGGACUUCCCAAAGCCCCAGAUAAACCAGAACGACAUUGCUCUCUCUUUGUGGAUUUGGGUAGCAGCGAACUAAGAAGGGACAUCUAUAUCACUGUGCACAUUAUCCGAAUUGGUCGAAUGGGGGCAGGAGAAAAAAAGAAUGCGUGUAGCGUCCAGUACCGGCGACCCUUUGGCUGUGCGGUCCUUAGUAUUGCCGACCUGCUGACAGGAGAGACGAAAGAUGACCUCAUCCUAAAAGUGUACAUGUGUAACACAGAGAGCGAGUGGUACCAAAUCCACGAGAACAUCAUCAAAAAGCUGAACGCACGUUACAAUUUGACAGGCUCCAACGCAGGUUUAGCAGUUUCCCUACAGCUAUUGCAUGGAGACAUUGAACAAAUCAGAAGAGAAUACUCAUCAGUAUUUUCUCAUGGAGUGUCUAUAACGAGAAAGUUGGGUUUUUCUAAUAUUAUUAUGCCUGGUGAAAUGAGGAAUGAUUUGUACAUCACUAUAGAAAGGGGUGAAUUUGAAAAAGGAGGGAAGAGCGUGGCCAGAAAUGUGGAAGUCACUAUGUUCAUUGUGGAGAGUAGUGGCCAGAUCUUAAAGGAUUUUAUCUCCUUCGGCUCUGGAGAGCCGCCAGCUAGUGAGUACCACUCCUUUGUGCUUUAUCAUAACAACAGUCCCAGGUGGUCCGAACUGCUGAAACUUCCUAUUCCUGUGGAUAAAUUCAGGGGCGCACACAUCCGCUUUGAAUUUCGGCAUUGUUCCACAAAGGAGAAAGGAGAGAAGAAAUUGUUUGGUUUCUCCUUCGUCCCCCUGAUGCAGGAAGAUGGUAGGACUCUUCCAGAUGGCACUCAUGAGCUCAUCGUGCAUAAGUGUGAAGAAAACACAAAUCUUCAGGAUACUGCCCGCUACCUCAAACUUCCCUUUUCCAAGGGCAUCCUCCUUGGAAAUAAUCAUCAAGCCAUGAAGGCCACAAAGGAGUCUUUUUGGAUAACAUCUUUUCUCUGUUCCACAAAACUCACACAGAAUGGUGAUAUGCUUGAUCUCUUGAAAUGGAGAACUCACCCUGACAAGAUCACAGGCUGUCUCUCUAAAUUGAAAGAAAUCGAUGGCUCAGAGAUAGUAAAGUUUCUGCAAGAUACACUGGAUACCUUAUUUGGAAUUUUAGAUGAAAAUUCCCAAAAAUACGGGUCUAAAGUGUUUGAUUCUUUGGUUCACAUAAUAAAUUUGCUGCAAGAUAGCAAAUUUCAUCAUUUUAAACCUGUAAUGGACACUUAUAUUGAGAGUCACUUUGCUGGGGCACUUGCAUACAGAGAUCUCAUCAAAGUUCUCAAGUGGUAUGUGGACAGGAUAACAGAAGCAGAACGGCAAGAGCACAUCCAGGAGGUGUUGAAGGCACAAGAAUAUAUUUUUAAGUACAUAGUUCAAUCUCGAAGGCUGUUUUCCCUUGCCACCGGUGGACAAAACGAAGAGGAAUUUCGCUGCUGCAUUCAGGAGCUUCUUAUGUCGGUCCGUUUCUUUCUUUCUCAAGAGAGCAAAGGGUCAGGAGCAUUGUCUCAAUCACAGGCUGUGUUUCUGAGCUCCUUCCCAGCUGUGUACUCAGAGCUGUUGAAGCUCUUUGAUGUCAGGGAAGUGGCCAACUUGGUGCAGGACACCCUGGGCAGCCUGCCUACCAUCGUGCACGUGGACGACUCCCUGCAGGCUGUGAAACUGCAGUGCAUCGGCAAAACCGUGGAAAGCCAGCUUUAUACCAAUCCAGAUUCCAGGUACAUUCUCCUGCCUGUCGUGUUACAUCACCUCCACAUGCACCUGCAAGAACAGAAGGACCUGAUCAUGUGUGCACGAAUCCUUAGCAACGUAUUUUGUCUCAUCAAGAAAAAUAGCUCAGAAAAAUCUGUGUUGGAGGAAAUCGAUGUGAUAGUGGCCAGCCUGCUGGACAUCUUGCUGAGAACCAUAUUGGAGAUCACCAGUCGACCUCAGUCAUCUGGCUCCGCGAUGCGGCUCCAGUUCCAGGAUGUCACUGGUGAGUUUGUUGCUUGUCUCCUGUCCCUAUUACGACAAAUGACAGAUAGACAUUAUCAACAACUUCUUGAUAGUUUCAAUACAAAGGAAGAGUUAAGGGAUUUUCUGCUGCAGAUAUUUACUGUGUUCCGAAUAUUGAUACGCCCAGAGAUGUUUCCAAAGGACUGGACUGUUAUGCGCUUGGUGGCUAACAAUGUUAUUAUUACAACAGUUCUAUACCUGUCUGAUGCACUUCGUAAGAAUUUCUUAAAUGAAAACUUUGAUUAUAAGAUUUGGGAUUCCUACUUUUACCUCGCAGUCAUUUUUAUAAACCAAUUGUGUCUACAGUUAGAGAUGUUCACACCUUCCAAAAAGAAAAAGGUGUUAGAAAAGUAUGGUGACAUGCGCGUCACAAUGGGUUGUGAAAUUUUCAGUAUGUGGCAAAACCUAGGAGAGCACAAGCUUCAUUUUAUCCCUGCCUUGAUUGGCCCUUUCCUGGAAGUGACCUUGAUACCACAGCCAGAUCUCCGGAAUGUCAUGAUUCCUAUUUUUCAUGACAUGAUGGACUGGGAGCAGAGACGGACCGGCAAUUUUAAACAGGUGGAAGCUAAGCUAAUUGACAAACUGGACAGCCUGAUGUCAGAAGGCAAAGGUGAUGAAACAUACCGUGAGCUCUUCAACAGUAUUCUACUAAAGAAAAUUGAGCGGGAAACAUGGAGGGAGAGUGGCGUUUCAUUAAUUGCCACUGUAACUCGUCUAAUGGAAAGGUUGUUAGAUUACAGGGACUGCAUGAAAAUGGGAGAGGUAGAUGGCAAAAAGAUUGGCUGCACAGUUAGCCUUCUGAACUUCUAUAAGACUGAACUGAACAAGGAAGAGAUGUAUAUACGCUACAUCCACAAACUCUAUGAUCUGCAUCUCAAAGCCCAAAACUUCACAGAGGCUGCCUAUACUCUCCUGUUAUACGAUGAGCUGUUGGAAUGGUCUGACAGGCCCCUUCGGGAGUUCCUGACCUACCCCAUGCAAACAGAAUGGCAGCGCAAGGAGCACCUGCAUCUGGCCAUCAUCCAGAACUUUGACCGAGGCAAAUGUUGGGAGAAUGGCAUCAUCUUGUGCCGGAAGAUUGCAGAGCAGUACGAGAGUUACUAUGACUACAGAAACCUGAGCAAGAUGAGGAUGAUGGAAGCCUCUUUGUAUGACAAAAUCAUGGACCAGCAACGUCUUGAACCAGAGUUCUUCAGAGUUGGAUUUUAUGGGAAAAAAUUUCCAUUUUUCUUAAGAAAUAAGGAGUUUGUGUGUCGAGGGCAUGACUACGAAAGGCUGGAGGCCUUCCAACAGAGAAUGCUGAAUGAGUUCCCCCACGCCAUCGCCAUGCAGCACGCCAACCAGCCUGAUGAGACCAUCUUCCAGGCAGAAGCUCAGUAUUUACAGAUAUAUGCUGUUACUCCCAUUCCGGAGAGCCAGGAGGUCCUGCAGAGAGAGGGUGUUCCGGACAACAUCAAAAGUUUCUAUAAAGUGAAUCAUAUCUGGAAAUUCCGCUAUGACAGACCAUUUCACAAGGGCACCAAAGAUAAAGAGAAUGAAUUCAAGAGUCUCUGGGUGGAGAGAACAUCAUUAUACUUGGUGCAGAGUUUACCUGGAAUUUCCCGCUGGUUUGAAGUGGAAAAGCGUGAAGUGGUGGAAAUGAGCCCUCUGGAAAAUGCAAUCGAAGUGUUGGAAAAUAAGAAUCAGCAGCUGAAGACUCUGAUUAGUCAGUGUCAGACAAGACAGAUGCAGAAUAUUAAUCCCUUGACCAUGUGCCUGAAUGGAGUUAUAGAUGCUGCGGUUAAUGGUGGAGUUUCCAGGUAUCAAGAGGCAUUUUUUGUCAAAGAAUAUAUCUUAAGUCACCCUGAAGAUGGAGAGAAAAUUGCACGGUUAAGAGAACUGAUGCUUGAGCAGGCACAGAUUUUGGAAUUUGGUUUGGCUGUGCAUGAGAAGUUUGUACCUCAAGAUAUGAGACCCUUACACAAAAAGCUGGUGGACCAGUUCUUUGUGAUGAAGUCAAGUUUAGGGAUACAGGAGUUCUCUGCUUGUAUACAAGCCAGUCCAGUCCAUUUUCCUAAUGGAAGCCCUCGUGUGUGUAGAAACUCAGCACCUGCUUCGAUGAGCCCAGAUGGUACCAGGGUAAUUCCUAGACGCAGCCCAUUAAGUUACCCAGCUGUCAACCGAUAUUCUUCCUCCUCACUGUCCUCCCAAGCUUCUGCUGAAGUAAGCAAUAUUACAGGGCAAUCAGAAAGCUCUGAUGAAGUCUUUAACAUGCAGGGCAGUGAUUUUGUUUUAAAUAUGUCAGUGUUGUCCGAAGCCUCCAAGCAGUGUGUGAUAACAGCUCCCAUGUAUUUCCAGCCAAGUCCAUCUACCUCAAGCUUGAGUUCUACUCACUCUGCUUCGCCUAACGUGACAAGUUCUGCCCCAUCGAGUGCCAGAGCUUCCCCUUUGCUGUCUGACAAACACAAACAUUCCAGAGAAAACUCUUGCCUGUCUCCAAGAGAGAGACCAUGCAGUGCCAUCUAUCCAACACCUGGGGAAACUUCUCAGAGGCUGCUGUUUAAUCAUAUUGGAGAUGGGGCCUUGCCACGCAGUGACCCAAAUCUUUCUGCACCUGAGAAAGCUGUGAAUCCCACCCCUAGCAGCUGGAGCCUGGACAGUGGGAAAGAAGCCAAGAACAUGUCGGAUAGUGGGAAAAUUCUCUCUCCCCCUGUCCCUCCAAGACCCACACAAACUGCUUCACCAGCAAGACAUACAACGUCAGUAUCCCCCUCGCCUGCUGGGAGAUCUCCACUGAAGGGUUCGGUGCAGUCCUUCACUCCCUCUCCAGUGGAGUAUCACUCCCCGGGACUGAUCUCCAACUCCCCCGUCCUGUCGGGCAGCUACAGCAGCGGCAUCUCUUCUCUCAGCCGGUGUAGCACCUCGGAAACCUCAGGCUUCGAAAAUCAGGUGAACGAACAGUCGGCGCCGGCGGCGGGGCCGGGCUACAGCGGGCCGGAGGAGCCGGUGCGCAAGGAGAGCAAAACGCCGCCGCCCUACAGCGUGUACGAGCGGACUCUGCGGCGGCCCGUCCCGCUACCUCACAGCCUCUCCAUCCCGGUCACGGCCGAGCCGCCCGCGCUGCCCCCCAAGCCCCUGGCGGCGCGGCCCGGCCACCUGGAGAACGGGACCCGGAGGACUGAGCCCGGCCCGCGGCCCCGGCCCCUGCCUCGCAAGGUCUCGCAGUUGUGAGUCCCUCUGCUAGUCCCCUGCCAGGAGGCCCGGCCGUUUACAAGAGAAUAGGCGGUAGGACCAGGAGAUGUUUAGUGUAGGCACUUUAAUAACUUACCCAGAUUCGUCUUUCAGUGAAUGGAAUUAAAACCUGCUUAUUAAUAUGUUGCACAAUAUUAAAAGUUACUGAUCUAAAACGCCGGAUGUUACAUGGAGUAUGGCUGACUUUCCUUAAAACGUUUCUCGUUUGGAAGUGGUAAAUAGUGCUGAAGACUUCUUUUGUAUCUUUUUAUGUUCCCUUUUUUUUAUCUAGUUUAAUCUUAAAACCAAUACGAGAUUGUCCAACAAUAGGGCACGUGAUGUUGUACACUUUUUACUGAAUACUUGAUACUCCGAGAAAGCUUAUUAAGUCGAUGCACAUCCUAACACGACGGUCCUUACUUUAGAAGGCUUCUUCUGUAUAUAAGGGGAGGUUUCUCGCUCUUUCCAUGAGAAGACUGAUCCGUGCACUUCAACAGAAUCACAAGUUAGCAGGCUCAUUAGACAAUACACUUAAGGGGUUGCAAGAAAUAGGGCUGCAAGUUGUUUUGUUCUUGAAACAAAAGAGUUCUUUAAGGUUGCUUUUGACAUUGACCACUGUCUGCUUUCUUCAAACUCUGCUUUGUGAAUUGGUUGGUGAAUCCUUUAGCACCCUGACAUCAUGGUAUCUACUGUAUUUCUUUUCAAGGUGCAAUUUACUUUGAGAGUUCCAAUCGGCUAGAUUAAGCAAAAGACCCCAGGAGAAAUGUUUACUUGAAUCUUGCGCAAGCUUCCUUACUUGAUCGUUUCCUCUGCAGCAUAUUUGUCACUGAAGAAGCGCAGAUGUUCACGUGUUAAAUGGGCACAAAUUAAUGUGUCCCAUUAACAAGAAUUCAGGAAUCAAUACAGGACAGUAUUAAAUCAAUAGCGUAAAUGAAGAAAAAAACCUUAGAGAAAAUAUAUUAGCAUGAUUAAAUGGCAAAAGGACUUUCAAAAGGCAAGGGCAUUAACUUUUAAUCCUGCACCAAAUAGAAGAUUCUUCACAACUCUCCAAGCUCCUACCGGAGCUUGUCUUCUUAGCUGAUCCUGUUUUUGCUGAUGGGUGAGAUGGCUGUAGACCCCGCUGGCUUGAGGACUGACACACAGCAUCUCAGAUCUAGGUAGGGAUGCUGAUGCCCCAGUUGCAGACAUGUGGAAAAAGCACCUUGUAUUUAGUAAUGUAUUUUGUAGCCUUGUUUGUUUCUUUUACUGACUGUUUAUAACAAUAAAUAUGAACUGUAUUUUAAAUCACACUGUUAAAUAUUUUCCCUCUUUUGUUGGGAAGCUCAUUUUAGUUUAACCCCAUUUGUUUUUGUUGAUAGCUUACCUGGAAGGCAGUGACCACUUUUUUAUAUUCUCUUAAUGAAACCAUUCAGCAGGUAUACGCUGUUGAGGCUGGUUAUAGAGGUUUUCUAUAAUAAAUGUUCAAGUAUUUUUGUACAUAACUGGUUAAUUUUAAUAAGAGAUACCAUUAUGUGUAAAAAAAAAAAAGUAAAAAUAAAAGCAAACAGUUGUGGAUGCAGUAUGAUUGUUAUAAUUAUGCCAAAUACUUUAUGUAUGGAAAAAGAAUAUUUGUACAUAUGUGCUUUUAACAAUAAUUCUGCCAUAUUGACUUUACAAUUUUGAAUGUCAGAAAAAUUAAUAUAUGUUAAAUAUUUAUGUUUAGUGAAAGUAUUCAUAAUUGAGAAAAGGAACAUCCGAAUUUUAGCUUUGUAUCUGGCAAGUUUUGCAGUUGGAAAUUUCUGGAACUAGCUUUUGCCUUGAUGAUAACACUUUGUGUUUGUAAUCACAUCCUUAAAUACACAUACACACACACACACACAUAGGAAGCUCCAUAUUCCUGUUGCUUUAAAGAAGUAAAGCCUUCCAUUUAAAUAAGUUGACAUGCAUAUAAGAUAACAAAGCUUCUUUGAUUUCCUUUUCCUUUGUAAUUUAAUAGAUUGUUGACUAGUGCUUGGGCACAGUAUAAAUCAGUGUUAUUUGCUCUUGAAGCCCUUUUUUAAAAAGUUUUUCUGGCAAUGAACAGUUCAAUUUAUCAUGUGCGUGUAUUUCUGAAGCAGCUAUAUAGCAGAACAUUUCAAAAGAUUCUGUUAGCUCAGAUGUUCAUGUUGGUUGCUGCUGAAUGGUAAAUAUUUAAUAAAAUUACCUGAUUAAUCUUAA